UCGGUCGCAGUGUGAUCAAGUUGAAACGAUUUGUGCAAAACAGUAAGGUGUAGCGGAUGUGCGAUUUUUUUUGGCGAAAGCAUUUCGAAAUUCAGGAUCGGUUGAAAUAUUUGGCGAGAGUUUCGAUGUGAUAAUUUGUGUUUGAUAUGUGGAGCAGUUUGUGAGUAAGUGAUCUCGGAUAAGUGCUAAACAGUGGAUGUCAAUAGAAGUUUAUUAGGAAACAAGCCGUUGGUUGUAAAUUUUGUGGAAAGUUUUGCGAUGAACUCCGAUUUCUGAGAUUCACCCCCAUCGAGUGACGGAACCGCGCCCGAAUCAAAACAGUUGCAUGUCCUUCGCAACGCAUCGCACGGAAGUGUGAAGCGCCUGGCCUAUAGGUACACCUGAACGGGGAAAAGGCGCAAUAUGAAUUUUAAAAACUAUUUCGCUACCUCCGAUCGUCGAGAGCGUGUGUAAGGUGUUGUUGCCUUUGCAGCGAACGCUUGAAACAUCAACGCCAGGUGAAGAAACCCGUCGCACACCGGUGAAGGUGAUAGUGAAUCCGUUUAGAGGUCACACCAGCGCUGGUAGUGCAAUAGAUUUCCGGGCGAUCUUUUUUUAAGAAUUGUGAAUAUAGGAACCAAUUUUAGUCAAGAUGGUGCUGAAUCCGUUGGUACAUUUAAUAAAAACUGUGGAUCGCAUCCCAACCCGCUUCAACGUGGCCAUCAUGCUGUUCAUGUCAUGCUUCAUCAGCUAUAUGCUGCGCGUCAACAUGUCGGUCAACAUUCUUGCCAUGGUAAAUCCUAUCCAGCGCAGCCCACGAUCAAGUGCCAUGGGGACAAAUAGCUCCGAAUCCGUUUCGAAUAGCACAACCUCUAUCGCCCCAGCUCCUCACGUGAUGGAUUACGGACCCCGCUACAACUGGUCAUCGCACGAUCAAAGCCUCCUAUUGGGGGCCUACUUCUAUGGGUACCUGAUGACGUCGCUACCAGCCGGUGUCCUGGCGGAACGGUUCGGCGGACGGCGGCUGGUCGGUUACACACUGUCGUUCAGUGCCCUCUUAACGGCACUCACCCCACUGGCGGCCACCUACGGACUCUGGGUCAUCAUAGCGAAUCGUGCUCUGCUGGGGAUUUGUGGGGGUGUACUCUAUCCAGCCCUCCACAAUCUCGUCUCCAAAUGGGCUCCUCCGAACGAGAAGGGCAAAUUCAUCUCCGCCCUGAUGGGAGGAACGUUCGGUACCGUCGUAACGUGGCCUUUGGUCGGUGUCCUCAUAGAAACCCUUGGAUGGUCGUUCGCAUUCUACGUACCGGCGGUGCUAACCGCCAUCGUGGCCUCGGUCUGGCUUAUCAUUGUGGCUGACUCUCCCGCGCAGCAUCCUCGCAUCAGCAAGGAAGAACAGGAGUUUAUUGAAAAGUCACUCGGUGAUACCCUUUCCAAGCAGAAACUACUUCCACCGGUUGUGAAAAUGAUGACCUCGGUACCCUUCCUGGCCCUGCUGGUGCUGCACUUUGGUAACCUGUGGGGGCUGUACUUCCUAAUCACAGCAGCACCUAAGUUUAUGAGUGAGGUUCUCGGAUUCAAGCUGGCCAAGGCAGGUUUCCUUGCUGCACUUCCAUACCUGGCCAGAGCAUUGGCUGCCUUUGGAUUCGGUAGCAUCGGGGAUUACCUAAGGAAGAAAUCGUUGUUCACCGUUACCACGAUUCGCAAAUCAUUCUGUUUGUUUUCUCACAUAAUCCCCGGACUGUUCCUCGUUGGCCUCAUCUACGCCGGUUUCGAUCCGUACAUGUGCGUCGCCAUAAUCACCCUCUCGUUGGGUUUCAACGGUGCCUCUACCAUGACGAAUCUGCAAAACUCCCAGGACCUCGCCCCGAACUUUGCCGGCACCCUGUACGGUAUCAUCAACUUUGUCGGAACGACCAGCGGUUUCAUCACGCCUAUGCUGGUGGCACAUUUCACCGCCGAACGAAGCACCAUGGACGAGUGGCGGUACGUCUUUGCAAUCGGUGCCGCAGCCUACAUGAUCCCGGCGCUGGUCUUUGUCCUGUUUGGCUCCGCCGCGGUACAAAAGUGGAACGAGCCCAAUCAGCACGAACCGCAGAAAGGCGCCAGGGUGCAGGAAACUUUCUAAGGCUGCAACCUGUCAGUCUGAUGCAGGACUGCUCCUCGCAUGUUGAUCCAGUACAACGGAGAGCCACUUACGCACGCACACACGAACGUUGAGGGCACUUUUUGUAAAUAUAGCAGAGUAAUGUAUUAGGAAAUACACACUUGCAGGAAUCUCAUUUCUAACGAUAGUCAACUACCUAUUAGGUGGGCAAACAAGAAGUAUUAUUAGCUAGGGUUAUAAAUAUCACAAAUUGGUAUAUAAUUUUUCUAUAUACAUACAAACAAGCACACGCAACUUGUGCAACCGAGAGAUGCAAGUUUCAGAUAGCAUAUUUAUGUAACUAAUGGCUUUUAUGCUCUUAUCGAAGCAGUGAAAAUAAUAAUAAAAGAAAGUCAUUGGAACAGAUUCGCAGCGACAUAGUUAAUCAUGUGAUUGAGAAAUUGUAGACCUGACUUGCAGUGACAAGUCCCUCACGAAUUUCCUCAGCUUACCGCGUAGUACACAAGGUAGGUAGCUGCCAGGAACAGUUUCAAAUAAAGGCGAAAAAAAUAAAUUAUAAUGAAGACUCGUAACCCUCACUCACUCAGGCCAGUAGGAAAAAUCCGGUGUCCCUA